AUGGCAAAAACACAUCUCAAAAAGUACCACUUGAGAAAGGCCUUCCUCGAGGGUAGCCAUAAGCAAAUGCCCAAACACAACAAUGUUGAAAGCACCAUGGUGUCGCAGAUUGCUAAGUCAGGUCUGAAUCACAAUCAAAACAUUCAGCUAGAUCAAAACGACGAUCACAAAUCUCAGCAAAAGGCUAAAAGACGACGCAGAAGAGAACGAAAGAGGCAGAGGCACCGAGAAGAGACGCACCAAGUGCCGAAGGCUGAAGCCAUGCCACAGAAAGUUGAUCCAUUAAAGCUUGCAACGAAGCAAGCAAGAUCACAGGAAGAGCCCAGUGACACAAACAGAUGCACUACCAUCAAGAACAAGCGCAGGAGACUUGAGGAAGAGUCCCAGAACGAAAAGACCAGUGCCCCUGCCAAAACGAAGCGAACCAAGCUGAAGGAGGAAUCAAGCGAUGAAGAUGCCAAAACUAACAUUGAGAACCCCACCAAAUCUUCCUCAAGCAAGAAAAAGCGAGCUCGUCGCAAGACCCAGACAUCGACCACCCCGACGGCUCUGUCAACCAAAGGCCAAGCUCAUUCUUCAAAUAAGCCAGCAGACUGUCAUGUACAAGCUAAUAACCAAGCCCGACUAUCUCCUUCCGAACAGCAAGUCCACACGGAAGGCUCCCGUGUCUCCAAUCCUUCUGGGGACACAAUCUCCCCCGAUGCAUUAGCUGCGCGCGGUUCAACAGAGCCUCCAGCUCUGAGAGUCAUCUCCGCGAACUCUGACGGUGAAUUCAUAGACCGCAUGGCCGACGACUACAUUUCCCCUGUGGGAUACUUCGAUUUCGGACCUCUAUUCAAAUUCGACGACACCCACAUCAACAAGAUCCUCCGUAAAGGACCCAUGUUCACCAGACAAGUCAUCCAGAUAACCGCCGGCAGCCCCGAACUGCGCCUCCCCAUCUCCGACGCCGGUCUCGUGCGCCUCGUGGCCGCCUGUCCGCGCCUCGAAUACUUGAGCAUCCACGGCGCAACGCGUCUUUCAGAGACGAGCUUCCAGGCUGUCGUUGACAGCUGCGUCUGGAUCCGACAUAUUGCUCUCUGCGGCGCCGACUUCGAGCCUAACACUGUUUACAAUCUGGCUUUGCACGACCUCACGGAGCGACGAGUCGCGUUGUUCUUGAAUAAGAUUGCGUUGAAGAAUACGGCUGUGCAGCCCGCGACCGUCAAGAAACUGCGCGACGCCCGGCCUAACAUGAAGAUUUCUGCUGAUGGCUGA